AUGCAACUCGUACAACGGGAGGUCUGGAGACCGCUGGCGGCUGCGUAUCGAGAACAGCUCAACCAUCCGGUGGUGCCACAUCCGUUCCAGAUCGGAGACCUCGUUUGGGUUCGUAGACACCAGCAGAAAAAUCUAGAGCCACGCUGGAAGGGACCCUACACUGUACUGCUGACGACACCCACAGCCCUAAAGGUAGACAGCAUCGCCGCCUGGGUCCACGCCUCCCAUGUCAAGACCGCUAACCCCGAACACCAGCCUGACCACUCGGAUUUAAAAGCCAGAUGGAAACUUCAUCGCACUCAAAAUCCAUUAAAGAUAAGAAAGAUUGACUCGUGGGGAACCCUAAUAAGCUUGUGUCUCACUCUAAGUCUAGGAGUAGCCCAUGCUUCCCCACAUCAGGUUUAUAAUUAUACCUGGGUCAUUGAAAAUCAGGCUGGGGAUAUUGUUAACUUAAGUUCCUCUAUUGGGGCCCAGCCCCACUGGCCAGAUUUAGAAGUAGAUCUCUGUGCCCUUGCCCUGGGAGCAGACACUGAUUGGGCAGUUCCUGAUAUUUUCUGGCCUCCACCUGGGGGCCGAGCACCUGAACGAAUUACCCCAGGACGGGCCACCGAUCCAAGUUGUAUCAAUUCAGUUGGGAGGGCCCUUUUACGGGGUCCCUCCAGCAGUGGGAUCAGUAUUUUUGUGCCUCAUGGGGCUGAAACCUCGGGAGACACUUAUUGGAGGCCCUCCUCUUCUUGAGACUAUAUUACAGUAAAAAAAAAUAAUACGCCCCUCUGGGGGCUAAAAUCAGGGGUAUGCAAUCCCCAGAGCACAACCAAAGGAUGGUGCAAUCCCCUGUUGAUUCAAUUUACUCCCCAGGCUAAACAACAGACUUGGACUUCACGAGGUUUUAGAUGGGGCCUUAGGGUUUAUAAAAAUCGAAAAGAUAUAGGCCUCACUUUUAGAAUUAGGCUUAAAAAGACCUUACCUACUACUAUCUUGGGCCCCAACCCGGUUUUAUCAGAUCAGAGGAGGCCCUCUCAGCCAAGACCUCCACCCCUGUGGCCAACAGCCCCGAAUGCUUCCGUUUCUUCCCUUAGCCCAACCGCCAUGGGCCCCACUAUGCAGCCUCAGAGGCCUGGGUCAGGAGAUAGACUUCUUGAUCUAAUGACAGGAGCCUAUCAGGUGUUAAAUCACUCCGAUCCCGACCGGACCCAAGAAUGUUGGUUAUGCCUGGUUUCAACUCCACCCUAUUACAAAGGAUUGGCUAUAAUGAGUAGUUUUUCUAACCAUACCAGCCCUCCAGUGAACUGCUAUCCCUCUGCUCAACAUAAAUUGACCCUGUCCGAGGUGUCUGGGCAGGGACUCUGUGUUGGAGCGGUACCUGCUGCAUAUCAGCAACUUUGCAAUUCCACUGCCAGUAUUGACACAGGGAAUUACUACCUGGUUGGCCCCAAUAGUACCUUUUGGGCAUGCAAUACUGGCCUAACCCCCUGCAUAUCGGCUCAAGGCUGGAAUGCUGGUUCUGACUUUUGUGUUCUCAUUGAAUUAUGGCCUAAAAUAGUAUAUCAUGAACCAGACUAUGUCUACAGACACUUUGAGGGAAAAAUUCGGUACCAUAGGGAACCCAUAUCUUUGACUUUGGCAAUAAUGCUAGGAGGGCUAACAGUCGGAGGCAUUGCCGCCGGAAUUGGGACUGGGGCCACCGCCUUAACAGCAACCAAUCAAUUCCAACAACUACAACAGGCUAUGCAUGCCGACUUGCAAGCAUUAGAAGAAUCAGUAAGCGCUCUAGAAAAAUCCUUAACCUCUUUGUCAGAAGUGGUCUUGCAGAACCGAAAGGGGCUAGAUAUCCUCUUCCUACAAGAAGGGGGGCUAUGUGCAGCCUUAAAAGAAGAAUGCUGCUUUUAUGCCGACCACACUGGCCUAGUUAGAGAUAAUAUGGCCAAGCUUAGAGAAAGACUUAACCAGAGGGAAAAACUCUUCAAGGAAGGACAAAGCUGGUACGAGAGUUGGUUCAAUAGAGCCCCCUGGUUCACCACCCUUGUUUCCUCCCUCAUGGGCCCCUUAAUCGUAAUCCUCUUGAUCUUGUUAUUCGGGCCUUGUAUUCUAAAUCGGCUGAUCCAGUUCAUGAAAGACCGGCUCUCUGUCAUCCAAGCGUUAGUGUUGACCCAGCAGUAUCAUCAGCUCAAACAGCAGGGGACAGGAAUUGACUCUCCCUAG